GAAAAGUGACGUCAGUGUGGUUGGUCGGUGACGGCGGAGGAGGGACCAUAGACCCGACUGAUCCCACGUGUGACGGAGCGCUGCAUUCCCGGCUCACUGACACAGUAGCUCCGCUCUAUCCGCCGACCCUAACGCCUGUGUGUAUCCGUCACUCACUGCCUGUAGCUGGGUCAAAACAUGGAAGGGGACGGCAGCCAAGCCACGUCUGGAAGCCCGACUGAACCGCAGCACGACCCGGGGAAAAUGUUUAUCGGUGGCCUCAGCUGGCAAACUUCACCAGAUAGCCUUAGAGAUUAUUUUUGUAAAUUUGGGGAAAUCCGAGAAUGUAUGGUGAUGAGAGACCCAACGACAAAACGUUCCAGGGGCUUUGGCUUCAUCACUUUUGCAGAUGCUGCCAGCGUAGAUAAAGUCUUGGCACUGACGCACCACGAGUUAGAUUCUAAAAUGAUCGAUCCUAAAGUUGCCUUUCCUAGACGUGCUCAGCCCAAGAUGGUCACGAGAACAAAGAAAAUAUUUGUUGGAGGAUUAUCAGCCAACACAGUAAUUGAAGACGUGAAGCAAUAUUUUGAACAGUUUGGCAAGGUAGAGGAUGCCAUGCUAAUGUUUGACAAAACCACCAACCGACAUAGAGGUUUUGGCUUUGUUACAUUUGAAAUUGAGGAUGUGGUGGAGAAAGUCUGCGAGAUCCAUUUUCAUGAAAUCAAUAAUAAAAUGGUAGAAUGCAAAAAGGCCCAGCCUAAAGAAGUGAUGUGUCCCCCGGGGACACGAGGUCGGGCGAGGGGCCUUCCGUACACUGUGGAUGCCUUCAUGCUGGGCAUGGGCAUGCUGAGUUAUCCUAACAUUGUAGCAACAUACGGCAGAGGUUACACUGGAUUUGCCCCAAGCUACAGCUACCAGUUCCCAGGCUUCCCAGCAGCAGCGUACGGUCCGGUGGCAGCGGCAGCAGUAGCGGCGGCGCGUGGCUCAGGUAGGGGGGCCCCUGGAAGAGUCGGCGGCUACAUGGCAUACGGGCAGAACACAGGGGCAGGCUUCCCUGACUAUGGGUUGUAUUCUGCGGCCGGCAGUGACAUGCGGGGAGGGGGCUCCUACUCCCUGGCUGACUACAGCUCCCUGGGGGCCCAGGCGGCUCAGAUCCUGCCCAGUGAUCACGCCAGCUCUUCCUGCAACUCCCCCAACUCCAUCCAGCACCACCUGCACAGCCCGGACCCCUUCAAGAGCCCAGGAAGCAACCAAACCAGGCCUGGAGCCUUCCAUGGGGCCAACAGUCCUGGCCCCGUAGCUGACCUCUAUGGAGGCACCAGUCAGGACUCUGGUGUGGGAAACUACAUCAGCGCCACCAGCCCUCAGCCGGGCUCCGGCUUCAGCCACAGCAUUGCUGUGAUGCCACCCAGCACUAACCACUACAGCCUCCACGCAGUGAGCCUGAGCGGGGGUGGGACCAGAUGAAGAACCGUUUGAAAACAAAAGUCCAGAAGUGGUGAACAGCCUGCGAUGGAGAUCCCUCUGACUGUGUCCGGUAUACUUGUGUUGAGAUUUGCUGGUUUGGAUUUGAAUUAUUUUUCUUUCAUUUUGAUUUGUAAAAGUAUUGUAUUGGACAUUUAAUCAAUAAUGAUAAAUUAUUUUUAAAAUAUUUAAUUAUGAUUAUUUUAAGUGUACGUUUGUUUGUUUAUUUGUUUUGAUUAGCAAGUUAAACUAAAGCAAUGUACUACACCCUUUGUGUGUGUCACUGUGGUUACUUCUUAUCUCUGAGUGAUGAAAGAUUGUCAGUUUACACGUACAAAACGUCUGAUGUGAACAGUGUUGGUUCACGUAUCAAUUAACACAAGACAAACCAAUUACACCUAGUAGCUUUGGUUCUAGCAAUGUGGUCUCGACAUACCCAUUUUAGGCAAUAAGAGGACGACAAUAUUUUCACAGUCCUGUUUUAUAAAUGUUUUUUUGUCUUGAGAAAAUUAAUAUAUACAAAGUUGUGUUUUUAUUUCUGUGUCAAAUUUUGAAAGAAGUGUAUAACUGUACAUGGUGUUUAAGUAAUUAUAGUGGUUUAGUGAGGGACAGGAAGGGAUUACCUGAAGAUAGUCCCAUCAUGCACUGCUGGUUCGCUCCUUACAUGCUCUUUGCUACCUGUGGCUAAUUUGAUACCAGCAUAUUUGUCUACAUUAUGAGCUAUAGAGAGCUGAAGGAAUGAGUCCUUUAACCCAUGAAUGAGUUAGUAUUCUACCAGUUCCGGUUCCCUUGUCUCAAAGUCAACGGUUUUUUGAACAUGUGUUUUGUUUAAUUCCUGAAAUAAGGUCUGCGGUUAACACAAAUUUUAGAGAUUAUCCUGUUUUGUUCUACGACAUAAAAUAUGUCGUUAAAUACUCCAUCCAUGUCCGAAUCUUUUUUGUGUCAUUAAUACAGCGGCUGCUAACAAGUAGCUAAAUAAGCCUACCAAACUUCAUCACGCCAAACAAUGGUCCGCCUUAACUUAGCGUCGGUGACGUGAAGUCAUGUGACCGUGAUGUAUGGUUUAUAGCCUCGUUUAUAGUAACGGUAGCAUUUUACUAUUGUAAAUUGCAUUAACGCUUCGACUACUACGAAAAGUGAAGUAAAUAUAUGAUGAUUAUCCACCUGAACAAAACAUGUUAGUAUCAUAAAUCAUUGUUAGCCACAGAUCUUAUUUUUUGCAAUGUUCCAAAAUCCAAAGGAAAAAUCCCAUUGGCUUGUUUUGUUGUGGCGGCCUUUAUGAUGCUAACUUCCGGGUCAGCCUACAAAACAACAACAUCACUGCACAACUCUAUAGUGCGCACAAUUAUGUCUGUGACACACAACUGACGGACUCUCCUUUAAUUCUCUCUGAAGCUCUGUAGCAUGAAAACAAAUCAAUCCAAAGCACACUUGAUCGUUUUUGGAUUACAAAGAUGAUUUUUAUGUCAUAUGCUGUAAUUGUCUUCACAUGUACGGUGUCACACAAAAGACAAUAUUUCAAGUUUUGCUACUUGUGUUUGUUACGAGGAGGAAGAAGUGCAGCAGAUGAGUGUUGCUUAUUACCUCAGUCCUAUGAGAUUUUCUAACGAUGACAAGAGAACCUAUUUAAAAAUAUGACUGGUCAUUAGAGGUAAGGCUGAGAGCAGAUUUCAUUUGCACAUUUAGUGGACUUUUAUUUAUAACUCAAUUUUGGUCAGCCUAACUUGAAAAUGUAUGGAGUUUUAUUUACUGUUUUUAAAUGUUACAGUUGCUUGCUUAACACUGGUCGAUCCAACAUCAAUUAAAACACACAGAUGUUCAUACACGCAUUACAAAAAAUGUAAAGAAAAAUAGGAAUGUUGUCUGUAAUUUCAUGUAAAUAAGGAUUUGCUAUAACUAAAGAAUCAAUCUUUUUUUAAGUUUUAAAUUGAUAUGAAUUGAUAAAUGUACGCGGUUUUCUUCCCUCUGUGCUAAUACAAAUAUUUUACAAAUUACUUUUACAAACUGGGGAGCUGAAUGCUGGACUGUUUCUAUAAUGCAGUAAUAAUCAGAAAACAAAAAAACAAAUGUGUAAGUUGUUAAUUAAAAAAAGAAACAUGUA